UCCUUCCUCCUCCUAGUUCUGCCCCCGCCCCAUCCGCAUACCCCGCCCCCUCCUCGCUCUGCGCCUUUUCCCUGGCUGCGGGCGGACUGCUCCGUCCCGCCGCAGCGCCAGAUUCUGGACAGCCCGCGGGAGGCACACACGCGCACACCCACUCCGACCAGCCUCACUCCUGCCCAGCAUGUCGGCCCUCGAGUGGUACGCCCACAAGUCCCUGGGCGACGGCAUCUUCUGGAUUCAGGAACGCUUCUAUGAGUCCGGCAACCGCGCCAACAUCUGGCUGGUGCGGGGCUCCGAGCAGGACGUGGUGAUCGACACAGGCCUGGGGCUGCGCAGCCUCCCGGAGUACCUGUACUCCUCUGGCCUCUUGCAGGACCGCGAGGCCAAAGAGGACGCGGCGUGCAGGCCACUGCUGGCUGUGGCCACCCACGUGCAUUUCGACCACUCUGGCGGCCUCUACCAGUUCGACCGGGUGGCGGUGCACCACGCCGAGGCCGAGGCUCUGGCUCGCGGGGACAACUUUGAGACCGUAACCUGGCUGUCCGACAGUGAGGUGGUGCGGGCGCCGAGCCCAGGCUGGAGGGCCAGGCAGUUCCGAGUGCAGGCGGUGCAGCCCACCCUCAUCCUGCAGGAUGGGGAUGUGAUCAACCUUGGUGACAGACAGCUCACUGUUAUGCACAUGCCCGGUCAUUCCAGGGGCAGUAUUUGCUUACAUGACAAAGACCGAAAGAUUCUCUUCAGUGGAGAUGUCGUGUAUGAUGGAUCACUGAUUGAUUGGCUCCCAUACAGCAGGAUAAGUGACUAUGUUGGAACCUGUGAACGUCUGAUAGAAUUAGUGGACAGAGGUCUGGUAGAGAAGGUGCUUCCUGGGCACUUCAAUACUUUUGGUGCUGAAAGGCUUUUUCGAUUGGCUUCUAACUAUAUUUCAAAAGCUGGGAUAUGUCACAAAGUUUCUACUUUUGCCAUGCGAUCCCUUGCAAGUUUAGCUCUACGUGUAACAAAUUCUAGGACCUCACCCUAGUAUCUAUACUGAUAAUCUAUCUUGAUUAGUUCUAUAAAUGAAUCCAAUUCAUUUUGUGUUGUUUAAAAUAGUGACCAUUUCAAGAAGUGCUUUUAUACUCCGAUUGUAUAUUAGAGAAAAAAAGGUUGAGAAUGAAUAAGCCAAAAAAGGAACUUCCUGGUUUAUUUAUUUAUUUUUUCCAAUUAAGAAACCACUUAAAUAAGCUUAUAAUUUGCCAAAGCUGUCAUCUUGUAAUAUUUGCUCUAGAAAUGACAUAGAAGUAUAUGGGGAAGCAAGGAGACAUUUUGCAGUAAGAGAAAGAACAGUCCUUGCCUCCCAUUUCUCUUAUUUCCUAGAUGACCUAGGAAAACAGACAUAAAGAGUUUUAUGUUUAUAAAACUUGAUAUUUUUGGUAUAUUAUUUAAAGAUAAAGUUUCUUGAGCUUAAAAUACAUUAGAAUUCAAAACAAACAUAAACUAAUAUUUAGAAUGACAGCUAAAACAAUGCAUUGUUAUGGUACGGAAUUUGUAUGCUUCAUUUUAUUUAUUCUUAAUGUAAUUAUAGUGUACAUUAUGUGUUGUGUAAUUUUACUUACAAGAAGUACAAUGAAUUUUGUUUAUUGCAGAGCUUUAAAUAUAAAUUGCAGAUUACUCCAGUAAAAAAGCUGUUAUAUAUUGUUGUUUGUUAUUAUGUAAGUGUAAUAUUUUCAAUCAUAAAAGUGAAAUUCAAAUGUCUGUAAUCUAACUACAAAUUGUCAGAUUUCUCAAAAGGACACUGUCAGGCAAAUUUGAAAAUAUACACAUUGAGAAUAAUUUUUUAUUAUAUCCUAUUUUAAUAAUAACAGUUAUUAUAAACAAAGUUUUUCUUGUUAAAUAGCAGCUUCAGUAUAUGUAUCAUAUUUUAUAGUACCAAAACAACUAUAGAGAUCUACAACAUCUGAUAUUAACCAUUCUUUUACUUAACAUAACAUACAUAUGUACCACAGAAGGCUUUUCAGAUUAAUUGCAAAAUGUGCAUUAGACACUGACUUGGAGUGAAUUGCCUUUUUUAUCCUGAUUCACAACACCUAUUCCUGUUCAGUAUUCUUUGUCUUUGAUGGAAAGAAGUCUACAUUUAAAAAGUUGUAGGAAAGGUUAUCCCACUGUUUAGUAAAAUAUUUUGGUUUGGUGCUCUUAAUAAUUUAUUAAAAAGCCUUUUGGAAUAUUUCAUAAAGGUUUUUUAAACAGUUUUUUCACUGCCAUUUUAUUAUUGACAUGUCCAAAACCAAACUGACACAGCUUUGGAAGUCAGCUUUUCAGUGUUAGGAAGGUCUAGCAAUUCUGAUUUCUGAAGAAUUUGGAACUUCCUACCCUACCACCCCCCUAGGUUCUUUAGUUUUUUAUUCAUUCAACGCACACACACAUAGUCACAUAAAUGCAUUGCAUACAUUGUGCUAAACACUGUGGAAGCUUAAAAACUCAAAGAGAUGAUAUCCUAGCUAGAAGCAGAAGACAAACAAAACAUGAAUAAUAAUACAUGCAGGUUGAAGUUAGUACAAAUUACACGUGAGUGUCAGGGACAUAAAUGGAGGGGUAUGAAGUUUGAUUAGGGAAAGUUUCCUGGAGGAGGAGCUUCUGAGUCAGAUUUGGAAGGAUGAUUUGUUAGGUGGUGAGGGUAGGAAAUAAGAAUUGGGUUGUUUCUGCAUCCUCUGUGAAGAAUAGGAAGGGAAGCAUUACUGGCUACAGUAGGCUAUUCCUUGUGACAGUUUAACUUUCAGGAGUCUUAGAUCUUCUAAACACCAAGUAUUUAGCAUGAGAAAGAUGGGUUUGUGAUUGUGUAUAUAAGAAUCAUCCUUAAUGACAGACAAGCUGAACUGCCACAUGCCACCAAAUGAACCUUUACUUGAAAUCAGUAAGGAGGCCAUGAUUAUUCAAAUGUAGAAUAUUAUGGGAGUUUCUCUGUGAAAGUCAUUUAAGGCAGUAGGUCUGUUUUAACUGAUAGUGCAACAUCAAGAAAAUAGAUUUGGUUCAGGGCAACUACAAACAAUCACUUAAUGAGCCUUAAAUAUAGCCAUUAUUUUUAUAUCAAUAGCACAAAAGAAAACCAAAAGUCCUUAACCAUUGACCAUUUUAUCAUAUUUUAGGACUUUUUCUUUAAAAAAAAUCAGGGUAUAGUAGGCACUAAGUUUUAUUGAAAAAUAUUUAAACCUGAUGAAGGCUUUCCUUAUUUCUUAAAAGUAUGAUUUUUCAAAACAUACUGAUUUUAUUUUUAAAUUUCCCAUUUUUUCUAGUUUUUCAAAUUGUAUCAAAACAAAGACUGUGAUAUUUUGCUAUUGUUUCAAUGUGAGUAAAUUGGGGAAAGGAUCUAUCAUUCAUUUAGUGCCCAUGCUAUGCAUUUUAAAAUAUGCAUUAUUUAAUUUAAUCCUGGCCCCAGUGCCAAGAAGUAACUGAAUAUAACCUAACAACACAACUUUGGACAAAGCUGGUAACUGAACAAAGGUUUGUCUGCCUCCCAAACUGUGCUCUUUCUCUUAUACCUGCACAAUAACAUAAAAUUGGCAAAGUGUAUUUUUACUUUUCAAGAUACCACAUGUGCCAAGAAUAAAUCAAGUGAUGUUAAAGCAUAAUAAUAGCAUAUUUUAAAAAAGCUUUAAAACAUAUAUUUUCACCCUGACAGUGACCCUUGAUGUAAUUUAUGGUUUGGAAAAAUAAUAGUAUGUAAGUAUAAUUCAAAGUUGUCAAAAUAUAAGACAUUUAGAAACAAUUUUUAUUAUUUAUAUUGUUAAUAACUUAAUUUUUAAAAAUUCAGUUUCCUUAUUUGGUCUUUCCAUUUAACUGAGAAGUCUAAAACAAAACCUUGUGUGUUAUCCUGAUACAGUUGAAUAAAUGAUUAUGUGUAGUUCUUAUAUGGAUAGUAAUAUGAAUGUGACAUGCCCAAAUUGUCCUCUUAUAAUUUUCUGAUAAGUGUAAGUAAGCAUUCGUGUGAUAACUAUUAAAGUGGACAUUUUAUUUCAAA